AUGUUAUCAAUUGCGAAUGAAGUAGAUUCAUUAUUUUUUCCGCUGCACACAUGCAUUUUUCCAACACUAGAUGUUGACCUUGCUGAAAAGGUUAUAAAAGGCAUUGUAGAUGGUUGCCAACAAUCUGCUUGUGCUCUUUUAGGAGGAGAGGUAUUUGGCUUAUUUUAUUCUUAUUACCUUUUUAGUCUCUUGAAAAAUUUGCUUGUGUCAAUGAGUGCUCUCCAUUUAAUAUAUCAUGUGGUUUACUCCCCAGGGAUUGUACGUGUGCAUUUCAUGGGUUUUGCUGUUGACAUUGUAAAAAAAGAUUCAGUUAUUGAUGGGAGAGACAUUGUGGCUGGAGAUGUCCUUAUUGGCCUGCCAUCCAGUGGCAUUCAUUCUAAUGGUUUCUCUCCAGUAAGACAGGUUCUAACUCAAAGUGGCCUUUCUCUGGAGCACAAAGUUCCUGGUGAAGAUGUUACAUUAGGCGAAGCUUUGAUGGCCCCAACCGUUAUCUAUGUUAUGCAGGUACUUGACAUAAUAAGCAAGGGUGGGAUAAAGGGGAUUGCCCACAUCACAGGUGGUGGUUUCCUAGACAAUAUACCUCGAGUGUUUCCAAAAGUGCUUGGUGCUGUCAUCCAUAAUAACUCUUGGGAAGUCCCAAGUGUGUUUAAGUGGAUUCAAGAGGGAAAAAUCGAGGAUGAUGAGAUGAGGCAGACUUUUAACAUGGGCAUUGGGAUGGUUCUAGUUGUGAGCAAGGAGGCGUCUUAUAGAAUACUUGAGAGUGGAAAUGGAGCUUAUAAAGCAUACCGGAUUGGUAAGGUUGUAAGUGGUGAAGGAGUGAGCUACCAUUAAAUUGUUGUAUCAUUAGUGUUGUAUGCUAGUUUUUUGUAUGCAUUAGAUGAGAUGAAUUAUAUAGUGAGUUGCACCAUAACUUUCUGUGGAAAUUCAUGGAUGAAGGAAUUGGUCACAUCAAAGCUGUUUUGUAGGACUUCAUGACUUUUAAUUACCAACAAAUGGUAGUUUUGGUU